UCCAGCUCCACCGCUCCCCACACAUCCAGCCUAUCCAAAUCAGUAUGUUCCAGGACAAGUAACACCUGUUGGGGUACAAAGUGCCCUGCACUCUUCCUGGAACAAUUAGCUCCUUAAUACAUGUUCAUCUCAGGGACAUAAUCCUCCUCAAAGCAGAUGCAUGAAAUGAAGAACAUGUGAGAGGAUUCCGUGCAAGGCCAUGACCAAGACUUUCAAAAAGUAUGGAUAGCAAUAGAACUGAGAUGUUGGGAAUGAUGCUGACAAUCAUGAAGAAACACUGAUGUUCAAAGCAGAGUCUUAGUAUUGAAAGGUUAAACCACCAGGCUGUGUCCCAGAUCCAGCUGCAAUUCUAGCCUAGGACUCAGUGCAUAACCUAUGGUGACACCUCUACUUGUCCUCCGUGACCUCUAUUCCCCCUAAUCCUGGCCAGCAGUCCCAGCUCCUCCAUGAAGAGAGACAAUGCAACCUGGGUAAGUGAGUUUAUCCUCAUUGGUCUCUCCACUGACAAACACAUCCAAGCUGCACUCUUUGUCCUCUUUGGGGUCACCUACCUACUGACUCUGCUGGGCAAUGGACUCAUCGUCCUGCUGAUUGCACUGGACCCACGACUCCAUCUGCCCAUGUAUUUCUUCCUCUGUCACCUGUCAGUGGUGGACAUCUGCUACACCUCCAGUGGGGUCCCCCAGAUGCUGGCACACUUCCUCAUAGAGAAAAAGUCCAUCUCUUUUGCCUUAUGUGGGACCCAGCUCUUCUUUGCUCUGACUCUUGGGGGAACUGAGUUUCUGUUGCUGGCUGCGAUGGCCUAUGAUCGCUAUGUGGCUGUCUGUGAUCCACUAAGGUACACAGUGGUGAUGAGCCCUAGGCUCUGCAUGAGUCUAGCAGGUGUCUCUUGGUUUGUAGGUGUAGUUAAUUCUGCUGUGGAGACAGCAGUCACAAUGCGCCUUCCCACCUGUGGGCACAAUGUGCUCAACCAUGUGGCCUGUGAGACACUGGCACUGGUCAGGCUGGCCUGUGUGGACAUCACCCUCAACCAAGUGGUGAUACUGGUUUCUAGUGUGGUGGUGCUACUGGUGCCCUGCUCCCUGGUCUCUCUGUCCUAUGCCCACAUUGUGGCUGCCAUCAUGAAGAUCCGCUCUACCCAGGGACGCCGCAAAGCUUUUGAGACCUGUGCCUCCCACCUGACUGUGGUCUCCAUGUCUUAUGGGAUGGCCCUCUUCACCUACAUGCAGCCCCGGUCUACAGCCUCUGCUGAGCAGGACAAAUUGGUUGUGCUAUUCUAUGCUGUGGUCACCCCCAUGCUGAAUCCUCUUAUCUAUAGUCUGAGGAACAAGGAUGUGAAGGCUGCCUUCAGUCGAGUGCUGAUGAAGAACUUUGAGUUAAAGAAUUAG